AAAACGCAGUGUUCUAGUGUCAUGUUUGAGUUUUCCAGACUCUCAUUGUGCUCGCCAGUGUUUGUACUGGAGCUCAGCGAACUGUUUAAGGAGAGCGAGCGAGAGAGAGAGAGAGAGAGAGAGAGAGAGAGAGAGCGAGAGAGUGAGAGAGAGAGAGAGAGAGAGAAAGUGAAGCACUAUCAGUCUUUGCGGACUGGACUGGAGGCUCAAAAACAGCGGAAGAGAGAAAGAGAGAGAGUGAUAGAGAGAGAGAGAGGAAUCAAUCAGCCAUGGCAAACAUCGCUGUGCAGAGGAUCAAGCGAGAGUUCAAAGAAGUGCUGAAAAGCGAAGAGACAAGUAAAAAUCAAAUAAAAGUAGAUCUGGUGGAUGAAAACUUCACAGAGUUAAAGGGAGAAAUAGCAGGACCUCCAGACACACCAUAUGAAGGGGGCAGAUACCAGCUAGAAAUCAAGAUACCUGAGACAUAUCCUUUUAACCCACCCAAGGUGCGGUUUAUUACGAAGAUCUGGCAUCCCAAUAUAAGUUCAGUUACUGGGGCAAUAUGUUUGGACAUUUUAAAAGACCAGUGGGCUGCUGCUAUGACACUGCGAACAGUUCUGCUCUCACUACAGGCGCUGUUAGCUGCAGCAGAGCCAGACGAUCCUCAAGACGCUGUGGUAGCCAAUCAGUAUAAGCAGAAUCCAGAAAUGUUCAAACAAACCGCUCGUCUCUGGUCUCAUGUUUACGCUGGUGCCCCCGUGUCCAGUCCCGAGUACACACGCAAAAUAGACAAACUUUGUGCAAUGGGCUUCGACAAAAAUGCAGUAAUAGUAGCCUUGUCCUCAAAAUCAUGGGACGUGGAGACGGCAACAGAGCUGCUACUAAGCAACUGAUCCUCCAGCUCUCUUCAUCAGGCCAUGUUUUCCUCAAACCCCUCCUGCAUCAUGACCCAUUCACUCCCACCCACCCAACCAUGCACACAUGCAUCACCCGUCUUGGUUUGUGUUCAGAAUGAAUGUUAGCAGUUAGACAGUGAGACCUCUGAGUCAUCUUCUGUCUCUCUUAGCAAAUGGUCUCAUCCCUUGUCUUUUUUUUUUUUCCUUCCAAACAUUUUCACUGUUUCUGCCUUGCUACAAUCAUUUUUCCUCUUAAAUUUAGGCUGUCACUUCCCUUUUAAAGAAACCCAAAAAGACAAAGCCUCCAUCACUGUCAUUUCAUGUGAAAAGAAACACCCACUCGCAUCUGUGAGACAAUGUUAGUACAUGUAAACUAGUAUAUUUAAGACUGUGUACAUUUAAAAGGCAAAAUAGCACUAAUGUUAUUUUUUUUUUCAAUCUGUACACCAUAAAAAUGUGUUUUGGGAUAUUCUCAUUUGAAUGGGAUAUUUAGCAUAUAAAAACUAAACUGAGAUUAUUAAUCCCCCUUUCUUUUGACACUCUCUUACAAUGAACAAAUGUGUGAUUUAAUUUGCUCAUUUGAUUCUUUUAAUGUUUCUUUGCACUAAUCUGUCUAGUAGUUGAUAUGGCCAGGUGACAAGGUGUUAUGUGAGUGCAGACAGAUUCAGACUUGCUGGAUGAAGUGUUAUUAUUUUUUUAAUGCAAGGAAGAUUGACCUUUUUCAUGUUCCCUUUUUUUGAAAAGGGGGACGAUGCAGGAUUGGUGGUCAAACCCUUUCUUUUUGUUUUCAAGGCAGCUGUGGGGUUUGGAACUUGAUAACGGACAGAUACCUCGAGUUGCCUCUUUUUUUUUUUUUCUUUUAAGAAUGUAUUGUAUGAAACAACUUGCAUUUAAGUAUAAACAUUUUGUACAUGUAGAGAUGAGAAAGUGAAGACACGAGUUUCUGUUCUCUUAAAAUGAUUGGCUUUUUUGAAACCGUAUGGCGAGACAUUCAGUUUGGCAUAAAGGUAUGUUGAUGUGGAGGUUUAAAAGGGUUUCUGAGAGUGAGGUGGGGUGCGUUUUGUUAUACCAAAUAUGUAUUCAGAUUUCCACACACAAGCUGCAGAUAUAAUUUAAUGUUUUGCACUUAACUGAUAUUGCAAGCAUGAAUUAAACAGCUAGUUUUCUAGUCAACAAAGAUGCUUCAAAGCAAACGGGCCAAGAGCGAGUACUGCCACACAAUGCUUUGUGAACUUGUUUUUACCUAGCGCUGUGUUCUUAUCUUACAGGGGUGAAUUGUUAAAAGUUUCUUUUCGCCCUUUGCUCUACUUUAAUUUGCUAGCAUUCCCACUUCUGUUUUCGAAAUGCCCCCACUUUCACAGCUAGUCGCUUUCAUACACCUCCUUUCUCAUGUACAUACAGCCAUGUUUUUUUGGUGGGGGAUAAAGUACUGUUCAUCUCUAGAAUGCACCAUCAAUGGCUGGAUUUAUAUUUUGUAUGAAAAUCAAAAAUGAAACAAAAAAACAAAGACUGUCUUCCUGUAGUGAUCACCUUGUUCAAUAUUGCACGAAGAAAUGAAUUAAAGGACAAAAACUUAUGUCAAAGGAUAAAUGCAGGUCAUGGGUUCUGGCUUUAGUCACUUGAAGCUCCUUUACAAAACAAGACAAGAAAAAAAAACCUACUCGAGCCGUACAAGCAUGGUUAUUUAUUGUGAAACUGUCAUAUUCUUUUGAAUUAAAACAAAACAAAACAAAAAG